AUGCAAAACGGCAGUCCCAACGGCCCAUCACCCGAAGAUGAAUGCGUAACGCCGGCUCCUGCUUCUCCAGAUUUCGAAGUUUCGAUCUUGCAAAAACCCGCCGAUUCUGGCCCCUACGAGUCGAUCCCUUCUGUGCCGAAAGACGAGCGAACCGAUGAACUGACAGAUGUCCGGGAUGACGAGGAAGCUACCCACGAAUUAGACGGUCCGCCGUCGAAGAAGCGAAGGAUUGCUGACACUACUCCGUCGCGCCGUGCCACUCCCCGAGCGCCUUCUCCGCCAUGGAAGAAACCUGGAGUAGAGGGUCCAACCUCAUUCAUGGUCGAGGGCCGGCGCCGGUCUGGGCGACAGAAUACGCUCCCUUUGGAAAUGCAACCCCAAUCCGACAAGCGACACACACGCGCCGCGCAACAAUCACACGCGACCAAAAGCGCCCGUGGCGCGAAGCCCGCCACACCUUCACCACUGACUGUGACGCAGUCGCGUGCCGAGGUCAAUGGUAAGCUUGGUGGCAAAGCAGCUGUUCAUGGGUCACCCCGAACCAAUUCCGCCAAGAGUGUCGCCAGUAGACAACAAAAGGUCUCGCAGUCACCCGCGCCCAAGUCAACACACCCGCGAGCGGCAUCUCGGAGCAUCGGCACCUCACAUCGCCCUCGUCCCAGUCUGAACGGUACCAGUCCACGCCAGCUUCGCGAUCGCACAUCCCUCCCGAAUACUUCCCCGAAGGCUGCUGGCGGCCUGGAUGAUAUUGAUAUAAAUGUUGAGGAUGUGGAGUCGCAGGUUGUCCCGCGGAUUCGGAUCAAAGUGAAGAAACCAAUUCUUCCAAUUCGGCACCCAGGACAUUUAAGCGGCAAGAAAUACGAGUCUUUCAGAGAAUGGGUGGAUCGCGAGGAUGCACCGAACCUGCUGUCAUCGGAGGAGGCACUGGAGGAAGCUCAGCGGCGACGUGAAGUCUUGAAUGCGGUUGAGCCUGGUGGUCCGUUGAGCGAGGAAGUUUGCUCGGCGUAUAUUACAGACCAGCAGGAGGAACCACCGCCUCAGUUCUCGCACCAGGAUCACCUGGUGAACCACGCAUUAUACUUCCAAAAACUGCUGGAGAAGGAGCACAAGCGUCAUCGGCAGACGGCUAAGCUGUUUGCGCAAUGGUGUGCUGAUGCCUAUCGGAAACGCCAUAAGAACCCAGAGGACAUUCUUCGCGAGCAGCAAGAGGAGGUCCGUGGAAAGCGCAAGCAGUUGGCCAAGGACCUUCAGAAGAUGUUUGAUUUGGCGCGGGCCGAAAUUGACCGUGUCCGCUUGGCCCGCUGGGAAGAAGAGCGCAAGGUGCAGGAUCAGCAGGCUCUUGAUCGGGCGAUCAAAAAGUCUACGGCGCUUUUCGAGAAACGCCGAUCUGAGAUCCUAGGCGAGGUUCCCAGCGAUGCUCUUGCUACAAGUGACGACGAAGGAGACAUGGACUCUGAGUUGUAUUCUUCAGAUGAUGACGAGAGUAACAUGUCUGACUCUGAAGCCGAAUCUGACGACGAAGCCAAUGUCGACGCUGAUGCUUCUUUGACCGCCGAGGAGCUUCGAUUGAAGUACGCCAAUCUUCCGGUGGAAGAUAUAGACCAGAUGUCUGUGACUUCAGCAACCACCGAUCCCAAUGCAAGUGAAGCUGCGCCAGAUGAAAACGACUCACAUGCGGUAUCUGGAGAUGCUCAAUUAGACGAUGUUGAUUCCGUGUUGAUGGAUGAUAGCGAUGAAUCUACCGACAUGGAUGAUGAUAUGGGUGACAGUGAUGAAGGGUCGAGCGAGGAUGAGGAAUCGGAGGAGGAAGAAGGAGAAGAGGAUGGCGGGCCUGGCUUGCUCGGCUUCUUCUCGUCCAAAGACACUGCAGUCCCUGAAGACGAAGAUGAAGAAGAUGACCAGGAAGCCUUCGAAAUCGAAAAGGAUACAGAAGUUAGUUCCGCCCCAGAUGCCGAGGAGAAUGGCGUCGAGGAUCCCGACGAGGUCUCUCUUGUUCCUAAUGGGCUUACACCCAACGAUGGAAUCUCAACCGACGGUACUCCGGUCGAAGUUGUUGAAGCCUCUGAAGGGACCCCUGCCGCCACGGAAGAUGCAUUUAUUGUCGAUACCUCAAUGGCCGAGAACCCCAUGGAGGACGCGUCUGUCGAGCCUGCUGCGCCUGAAGCCACGGGGCAGAUUGAGGAAGUUGAGCAGUCCGAGGCCCUUGAUGCCGAGCCUGAGCAUGAAAUUCGGCCAGGAGAAGUAUCCAGCGAAGCCUCUCCCGGGACGUUCGCUACCAAACCGUCCGAACCUGAAUCCGUCUCCUCAUAUGAAGCCCCAAUCGAAAAGGCACUGCAGACUAGUCAUUCCCCUGCCCCUGGUUUGAACACUCCAAUCCCACAUCUCCUCCGCGGUACCCUACGUGAGUAUCAGCAUUACGGAUUGGAUUGGUUGGCGGGCCUCUAUAAUAACCACAUCAACGGCAUCCUGGCAGACGAGAUGGGACUCGGUAAAACCAUUCAAACCAUUGCUUUGCUCGCACAUCUUGCUGUUGAGCAUGGUGUAUGGGGGCCCCAUCUGGUGGUUGUUCCCACCAGUGUCAUGCUCAAUUGGGAAAUGGAAUUUAAGAAAUGGUGCCCGGGAUUCAAGAUCAUGACUUAUUACGGUAAUCAAGAGGAGCGAAAGCUGAAAAGAAAGGGCUGGACCGAUGACAAUGCCUGGAACGUGCUCAUCACUUCUUACCAGCUUGUUCUCCAGGAUCAGCAGUCUCUUAAGAGGAAAGACUGGCAUUACAUGAUUCUCGACGAGGCGCAUAAUAUCAAGAACUUCCGCUCGCAGAGAUGGCAAGCUCUUCUUACAUUCAAGACCCGGGCCAGGUUGCUUCUGACGGGUACACCGCUUCAGAACAAUUUGACCGAAUUGUGGUCUCUGCUGUUCUUCCUGAUGCCCUCUGAUGGUCCUGGCACUGGAGUCGAAGGAUUCGCUGAUUUGAAGGACUUUUCCGAGUGGUUCCGGCGACCAGUGGAGCAAAUCCUGGAGCAUGGAAGAGAGACAAUGGACGAAGAGGCCAAGCAGGUGGUCACCAAGCUUCACACUGUUCUCCGUCCCUACCUUCUCCGUCGGUUGAAGGCCGAUGUCGAGAAACAGAUGCCCGGCAAGUAUGAGCAUGUCGUUUACUGUCGGCUUUCCAAGCGUCAACGCUUCCUAUACGAUGGUUUCAUGUCGAUGGCCCAGACCAAGGAGACUCUGGCCUCUGGCAACUUCCUCUCUAUCAUCCACUGUCUUAUGCAGCUCCGAAAGGUCUGCAAUCAUCCCGAUCUCUUCGAAACGAGGCCGAUCUCCACCUCCUUCGCAAUGCCUCGGUCUGUGGCUCUCGAUUAUAAAGUCAAGGAGAGCCUUGUCCGACGUCGGCUGCUGUUUGAUCACCCUCUCACCAAGGUUGACCUGGAUUUCCUCAAUCUAGCGCCUGUGUCCAGAGAGGACAUCUCCCGACGACUUGCCGACGACGGUAUCCGCCUCAUGGCCUUUGGGCCUUUCAAAGCCCUUCGUGAGCGCCAGUACCAGCGAACAAACUGGAAGAUGGAAUUCGAUGGAUCCAGCACGGAAAAUAUCCUCGAGUCUCUGGAGAAUUCUGCCCGGAAAAGGAGAAUGGCCGAGCUGGAACGAUGUCUUUACUUCGAGUCUAAGCGCCACGGUCGCCGUCCUAUAUACGGUAGCAGCUUGAUCGAAUUCUUGAGAGCCGGUACCAUGGAACACGCUCUUGCCAACGCCCCUCUGAGGAAACGUAAUAUGGCAGACUGGCUCUCGAGUCGAUCGUCGGUUCUCGCGUCGAUGAUCUUGACGGUCGAGGAGCGAUCUCGUGACAUGGAUGGCUACGUGCAGCAUUUUGCUUGUGUCACUCCCGCUGCCGUUGCUUCGGGCGUGACGGAGGCUGCCUUGACACCUGUGGAGACCCGACUCUUGACCAACACUUCGAAGGAGCAGCCCUAUGAUCCCUUUCAUGAAGCGCGCAUGCGCUUGUCAAUCGCGUUCCCGGAUAAGAGGUUACUUCAAUACGAUUGUGGAAAACUUCAGCGUCUGGACAAGCUGUUACGGGACCUCAAAGCGGGUGGUCAUCGAGCUCUCAUCUUCACGCAGAUGACGAAGAUGCUCGACAUCUUGGAACAGUUCCUCAACAUUCACGGCCACCGCUACCUACGACUUGACGGAACUACAAAGGUCGAGUCACGACAAAUGCUCACCGAGCGGUUCAACAGCGAUCCUCGCAUCCUUGCUUUCAUCCUGUCGAGCAGAUCAGGCGGACUGGGUAUCAAUCUCACGGGCGCCGACACCGUCAUCUUCUACGACCUGGACUGGAAUCCAGCGAUGGACAAACAGUGCCAAGACCGCUGCCAUCGUAUCGGGCAAACUCGCGACGUCCAUAUCUACCGCUUCGUCUCUGAGUAUACCAUCGAGUCCAACAUUCUCCGCAAAGCCAAUCAGAAACGCAUGUUGGAUGACGUGAUCAUUCAGGAGGGUGAAUUCACCACGGACUAUUUCACCAAGUUGGGCAACCAGGCGGUCAUCGAGGACGAACGAGACGGCCACGACGAGGCCAGUGCAGCUAUGGACCGCGUUCUAGGCAACCGUGUGGCGAGUGGGACCCGCGCCUUUGAGCAGGUUGAGGACAAGGAAGAUAUUGACGCGGCCAAAAAUGCUCAGAAAGAGCUCGAGCACGCCGAUGACGGUGAUUUCGAGGAUCGCUCUGCUUCACAUGGAACGCCUGCACUCGUUGGGACCCCACUCCCCACUGCCGAAGAUGCUACGCUGCUCAAUGAGCCCGUGCCUUCUCAUAUCGAUGACUACCUGUUGCGUUUCAUGGAGUGGAACAUGCGAGACGAGCCCCUAGUGCUACCUGCCGACAAAAGCAAGAAGAAGUCCAAGAAGGGCAAGGAGCAUCGUCUCAAACGGCGUCGUUAA